AUGUUGUCCUCCAAAUUCGGUGUAUUGAGAGCUUUGGCUGCUCAAAGUGUUACAGCCCCAUCGAGAAACUUUACAGUAUCAGCCGUCGCGUUCGCUCAGAGAGGAAAGACCGACUCCGAGAAGAAGAAGGCUGCUAAGCAGGCUGAGAAGGCCAAACAGGCCAAAUUGAAGGAGAAGGAGAAGGCUUUCAAGGAGAAGGCUCUUAAACCUCUCAGAAGUCUCUCGGGCCACCACGUUUACAUCAAAGAAAAGACAAACCCAAGCAAGAAGCUUAGUGAUGUUGCCGCUGAGUGGAAGACUCUCUCAGAGGGUGAGAAGGAGAGCUACAAGAGAAGAGCAGACGAAAUCAACCAGAAACGUGCACAGAUCUACCCACCCAAGCCUAAGCGUCCAAUGCCUGGUUUUGCCUCUUACCUUAAGGAGAAGUACUACGACGGCGAGAGCCUGGCUGUUGUGCUCAAGGAAUUGAGUAACCGCUGGAACCAAUUGACCGCCGCCGAGAAGGCCGAGUGGUCGCCCGAGAAGACGGCUGUGGAGAAGUUCAAGACGGAGUUGGAGGCCUGGACGGAGAAGAGACUCAAGGCCGCCCGUGAUCACGGAUUGCCAUGA